AUGACAGAAAACGAGGAUUUAUUGGCCAAGAUUGGUCAAAUCAACAGACACAAGACCCAAGGUAGCCAGCCAUACCAACCAUCAGCACAUCAUUCACAGCAUGUUGCGCGUCAUUCUCCUGGCCACCAAGGUUGGGCUCCCUACUCGCGAGGCAGAGGCCGCCGUCCUGUAGCUCCGCACCGGCACCGCACACUGGUUCUGAACAACGGAGGCUCAGGGUCAAAUGCUAGCGUUACCUCGUCUCCUGGCCCUGUAAGCGAAAAUGAUGGUGAAGCGCGUCCGACAUCGAGCUCAACCGGGUGGAUUGCGAAGCGCGAUCGCCACAUGCAGUUGAUCAACUCCGCUGUAUAUGAUAAAGAAACUCAGGCUAGAGCAAGGGCUAUGGAAGAGACUCGUAAACUCAAAGCAGAGCGACGUGCUCAACGUGAACAGGCAAAGGUUCUUCGGUAUGCGCAAGGUUCCACUGUCUCGACCCAUGCGCAACCCUCCGCCGAACACCAGAUUCUUGUCAAUGAUAUUCCAUUCAAGAUUAUGCGCGGCGGAAGCAAGCUCGUGCGAGUGUCAAGUAUGAGCCUCUUGAAGCCUUCGUUGCCUCUGAGAACUGGCUUACAGUCCAUAGAUGACCCCGACAAAGCAAAUACCACGCCGAAGCGAGUGACCGUAGCUGGCGUGGCCUUUGUGCGCAGCAAAAAUGGCAAUCUGCACCGCCUCGGAGCGGUUACCUCGAAAAAGUCAGUUCGUAAUAUUUACACCCUGAACACGACGCUGACACCCGCUAGACAUCCAACAGCCGUCAAGAAGCGCGACGAGCUGUGCAAGCGAUUCACAACGACUGGAACAUGCUACAAAGGACCAUCAUGUCCCUUCAUCCACGAUCCAAACAAAGUGGCUAUUUGCAAAGACUUCCUCCAAACAGGCCAGUGCAGUGCCGGUGAGAGCUGCGAUCUAUCCCACGAGCCAUCACCCCACCGCUCCCCAACUUGUAUGCAUUUCCUUAGAGGCCGCUGCGCAAACCCCGAAUGCCGUUACGCCCACAUUCGCACCACUCCCGGCGCGCCCGUAUGCCGCUCCUUCGCAACCCUUGGCUAUUGUGCAGCCGGCGAAACCUGCCCAGAUCGUCACGUGCAUGAGUGUCCAGAUUACGCGAACACUGGUGCUUGCCACAAGAAGAGAUGCACGUUGCCUCACGUCGAUCGCGCCGGACAGAUUCGCAAGGCGGCAGCCGCAGCAGCAAAGACCGACCGCUCAGAUGACUCUGAUCCGUCUAGCGAGGAAGAAGACUAUGACGCUAUUGAUUCUGAUGAUGUUGACUCUGACGAGUUUGAUGAGGAGCUCAUUGGAGGUGAGGACAGCGGCGAGAUGUCGCGGCAGCAAGACUUCAUCCACUUCUAG